AUGAGCUCGCGCAACGCCUCAAAGGAAGAGAGAGGUCUUCACUCUUCCCAUGACAAGCCGUCGGAACUAUUUCUUCGUUCUGCGGCCGAUUGGGGUUUUGUCGCUCAAUAUUUAAAUCAGGAUCCCGACCUCUGGGUGUUUCGACGCUUUGGCAAGCUUCACUUGUUUAAUAUUCUUUGCCUUCAGCAGCGCCUAGCGGAGCUCGAAAAUACUCUUGAGACGAAAAUAUGGAAUGAUGAAACAGGAGGGUUGGAAGAGCUUUUGCCUGAAAUCAAGAUUGCUUUGAAGGAAUACGGUACCGCUAACGAUGCUCUGUCAGCGCAGGUAAACUACAGGUCUUAUCGACAGCCCGAGAAACGUGUCUUCAACCUCCUCGAAAAUUGGUGGAAUAUGUACCAUGGCCGAGGCUCAGCGCUUCGGAUCGGACUCGAUUUUCAUUCCGAGGGUAAAAACCGGCCCAAGGACCUUGCCUCCAUAGCUGCGCUUGAGAAAACGUGGACUCAUAGGUUCAUCGACAGCAACGAUCGCCUGAGACGUUUCUUCGCAAAGGCCAGCGAACAAUUGCCGUCGACACUACUCUACUCUGAGGAAAAUGUCCAGCGUGCAGAGGCUGUGUUUCUCCAUAUCUGCUUCUGCUGUUUGCUGCUCUGCCCUAUAUUUGCACUCUCCUAUGUCGAUAGCAACACCUGGAAGCUAGUUAUCCUAACGGCUUCCUUGUUUGCAGCAGCUGUGUUGACGGUAGGAUUUCUUAAUUCACCCAACAAGAACGCUUUGGCUUUAGUAGCUGGGUAA